CGGUCACGUGACCAUGCUGGCGAGUUCGGGCGGCGCAGACGGAGCUGAACGCUGACAGAAGAGCGCGCGCCAGUCCCGGUGAAGAAGCUCCGUUAUUGCGAGCAAGACAGAGAGACAGGAGGAACUAGACACAUUACACACACACACACACACACACGUUACGAACAGGAAGCCGUGGGGGACUCGGAUUGAGGGUCACUCAAAAAAGGAAGUAAAGGACAAAUCGGCUGAAAUCUCAGCAGAGCGCAGCGCGGCCGGGAGUUGCCUUUCUUUUCCGAGUAACUUGUGGAAUUUAUCGAGCGAAACUAAAAAAGAAAACUAGAUCGGCCUACCUCUGUGCCCUCGUGUACGUUUUUAUUUUUGUAUAAUUUCAUUAGAUUUUUUUUUUUGCCAGCAGAAUAAUAGUCGUUGUUAUCGAGUAAAAUAACUGCAGCAGUGACAGGAAGCAGCAGCUUUUCCUCAGCACGCGAGUCUCCAGAAGUGCGACGAACACUUGCUCUUCUUCAGCGCUUCUUUUCUACUCUAUUUAAUAUUUAUACGCUGUUUGGUUUGCGGUGUAUCCUGGGGCCUCGGCUGUGAUUUCUUGGAAUAUGGUGGGGGAAAUGGAAACGAAGGAGAAGCCGAAGCCGAGCCCAGACUAUCUCAUGCAGCUCAUGAACGACAAGAAGCUGAUGAGCAGCCUGCCCAACUUCUGCGGCAUCUUCAACCACCUCGAGCGCCUCCUCGACGAAGAGAUCAGCAGAGUACGGAAGGACAUGUACAAUGACACGUUAAAUGGGAGCACAGAGAAGAGGAGCUCAGAGCUGCCCGACGCGGUGGGUCCCAUUGUACAGCUCCAGGAGAAGCUUUACGUGCCUGUUAAAGAAUACCCUGAUUUUAAUUUUGUGGGCCGGAUCCUUGGCCCUCGAGGGCUUACGGCCAAGCAGCUGGAGGCUGAGACAGGAUGCAAGAUCAUGGUGAGAGGCAAAGGUUCCAUGAGAGACAAGAAAAAGGAGGAGCAGAACCGGGGCAAACCCAACUGGGAACACCUGAAUGAAGAUCUGCACGUCCUAAUCACCGUAGAAGAUGCUCAAAACCGUGCAGAGAUCAAGCUCAAACGAGCCGUAGAGGAAGUCAACAAGUUGCUGGUGCCUGCAGCUGAAGGAGAGGACAGUCUGAAGAAGAUGCAGCUGAUGGAACUGGCCAUUCUAAACGGCACCUACAGGGAUGCCAACAUUAAAUCACCGAGUGCCCAGGCCCCGCGCAUCAUCAGCGGCCCAGCGCCCGUGUUGCCCCAAGCCGCCCUGCGCACCCCCGCACCUGCUGGCCCCACCAUCAUGCCCCUAAUUCGACAGAUCCAGACUGUCGUGCCCAACGGGUCAGCCCACGCCCAUGCAGCCGCCGCCACCCUGGUGCCUCCCGGCCCGGAGUCAGCUGGCCUGAUUUACGCCGCACCCUACGAAUACCCAUACACACUGGCACCGGCCACCUCCAUCCUCGAGUACCCCAUCGACUCCAGUGGUGUGUUAGGUAAGCACAGUUGUGAGUGCUCUGGAAUGCCACCUCACCAACACCAGCACCCACUUGGGCAGUGGGGCGCAGCACCUACCUUACUCCUGCGUCACUCUUCUUAAACCCCGACCACCACACACCCCCCACCUCCUCCCCAAAUGCUGCCUGUCGAUAUAGAUGAGCUUUCUAUAUUUACUGCCACCCUCAUCCACCCAUUUCCCAUCACCUUAGGAUAUAUAAAAAGGCAACAGAAUAACAAUCCAAACAUUUGCUUAUUUAAUCCAUUUAGUUACAGUUAUUUAAUCCAUUUAGUUACAAAGUCAUUUCUCAUUGCAAAUAAAAUAUAUUCAAGAAAUGUGCCAUAAAUGAUCAGGCUGCUAAGUGCUCUGUUGGCUUUAUAUGAAUUAUAGGAGAGGGAUCUCUUUUGCUUUCCGCCCUCACUCUUUCCCCCUCCCUCUUUUUCGCACGCUCUCUCUUUCUCACUCUCUGAGGCCCUGUCCUUCCCUCUCCACACAAGCUCUAUGGCUUCAUUAAGGCACUUGAGAAAAGCCGAUUAUGAGUAUCAUGUUACAAACAGCAUUCUGCCAGUUUAACACAAGCUGCUCCCAGAGGCACAGUGUUAAGUUGAGAAAUGACAAAAAAGUACGUCCAUGAGGCAAGAUCAGUGUGUCCAAUGAGAUGAGCCAGAGCAGGGUUUAGUCUCUGUCUAAUAAAGCAGCCUUUAUUCUGCCAAGUUCAGGCUGACUGCUCCAAGUGUUCUAAGCCCAGUACGGUAGCGCCGUAUUAGAAACCUGAUUUUAGCAGCUUUGGUGUUUGGGUUUGAUCAUGACGGCACAUCAGUGAGACAGCAAAGGAGGUGAGGAGUGUUGUGGCGGGAGGAGAGUGGAAGAUUUCAUCCAUGUCUUCUCUCUUGUGUACACCUAUACAGCAUCCUCAAAGGCCGAAGAGCUGCCGCUGUACCUGGGCUUUCAGACCUGUCACUUUCCCAUCACUGUGCAGCGCGCAGAGCCAGCCGGCCGGCCUCCUUUUUAAAGCAGACCCACUCCCCUCAUGCCCCUUCCUGACCCUCACUCACCCUGCACACACCCCCUUCGACACCCUCACGUCCCCCUGAAAACACUCAUCUUAUUGGACUGACCGGAAAGCACCCCCUCUUCCAGGAGCCUGUGCUCCCCAGCCUUUCACUGUUUGUCUCUUCUGCGACCUGAAGCCUGUUUUGUUUUUGGUUUAAUUUAAUGUCAUGUGUUGAAACUGUGUGUACCAUAAUGAGGGAGAAAAAGCACUGAGCCCCAAACUGCUGCAAACCCUCUCUGGAUGCUCCCUCCCUCGGUGUGGAGGGUGCAUCAGGAGAGGUAACAUGAAGACGGUGAGGGGACAGUGGGGGUCAGACAGGGGCUGCUUUGGGGGUCAUGGGAUGGUGGGAUUGUUCUAAAAGUCAGACCUAUUCGAGUUCUACUCACACAGAUGGUGCUCUGUGGCAGUGAGUUCCAAGGUUGUUUACAGUAUGAUAAGAACCAAUAUUAAAAACAUAGCCUUAUGCAUGCAGUGACCAAAUCCAGCAUCUCUGCUUUUCAAAGGUCCUAGGCACAGACUGCUCGAAAAUGGCUUUGGUAACGCAUGGAAUUGUAGUGUGUGUUGCUUCUUGAGGACAGACACUCCUGGCACUAAUUUCACAUUCCCUUCCUUUAUUCUUUAGGUGUGGCUUUCCCCAUGAAAGGCUAAAAGUGCUUUCGAGGAUCCUUACUGAGCCCCUCAUCCGAUCUGAGUGUUAACACACAUGCGCUUUCGUUUCACAGCGGCCUUGUUAUUUCUUGAGUGUUAAUGAAUUAUGAAAUCGAGCCUAGCAGUCAGUCGGACACACUACUGUUUUGUUUACACUGGCCACCCCUCUGUCCAAAGAGGCUCAGCAUAUGCUUAGAAACAUUGUGUCUGUGCCUGAUGCCCCUUCAGCAGUAAAGGAAUCUGUGUGUAUGUGUAGAUCACAGAACUGUUCCACUGACUGCUAUGUUUUACGGUUUAGGAGAAAAGAGAGUAAAAGUCAAGGAGACUGCUUUACUAAUCACUUUAAUCAUUGCCGUUGUAUUUUCUAUCCUUUUUUUUUUUUUUACUACUGCACAUGUGCCUACGCACUAUCCUCUCUGUGUCUUUGCUCAGAGAGUGAGUUUAUCAGUAUUAUAUUUAAAUGUGGAACUGGAGAGAUGCACUUCCCUGUUGCUUCUGUGCAGGAUUAUGUGAAUAGUAAAGCUCCCUUCUCCCUCUCUCUCUCUCUCUCUCUCUCUCUCUCUCUCUCUGUCAAUGUGUAUGUGUGUGUGUGUGUGUGUGUGUGUGUGUACUUGUCACUAAUGUCCAUUAUAUUAUCCAAGCAUGGAUCCACCACUUGGAAUGAAUGCAACGUUGUUUUUUUCCACUUUCAAUAUGCUACAUUCAAAAAUGAAUAAGUAUUAUUUGUGCCUUAACUUGUAUUUUUUAUUAUUUGCAUAAGAAUUGUUACACAUCUUUGGCCACACAGAUAAAUGAAAUCUGUUCAAUUUGAUUGAUUGAUUUGAUGGGAUUAUUUUUUUUAAUCUAAUCUGUGUAUUUGGUGAUAUUAUUGCAAUCCAAGCAGGUGCGGUGGCAACUAAAGUUCGAAGGCACGAAAUGCGGGUCCAUCCUUACCAAAGGGUAGUGACCACAGACAGAGGUUAGUUUAGUUCACAUGCUUUUGUGUUUUCGUGACUUGUAGUCACUUCCUUUUAGACCUGAUCUGUUGUGACCAGCUUCACUCCAGGCAGAAAUGUUAAACCCUCUAAAGUUUGGGAGUACAGUACAAACACAGCACCUGGAUUUUCGACUUCAUUCCAUUAUUUUGAUGACCUUGUGACCGUGACAUGAUGUUGAUGACAAAUAAUGGACUUCUUUUGUUUUGAAAUUUCUUGAGGUGCGAUCACAUAACCUCAUUUAGAUUUACUAUUUAUGUUUACUUAAAAUGCAGGCCCGAGUUAAAAAAUGGUGAUACAUUACUGAGAUUUGCAUAAUAAAUAUACAUUAUUACAAACAAAAAAAAGAAAGAAAGAAAUUUAAAGUAGCAAAAAUCAACAUUCUGAUCCUUUUCUCAACAAAUUCUUCAUCUUCUGUAACGGCUUUAUCCUGUUCACAGAAGAACACUGGGUGCUCUAGGUGCGAAUCCACCCUGGAUGGCAUGCCAGUCACCAUGCAUACACACACACACUCACUCACACACACAUUCACACCUGGAAGUCAUUUAGUGUAGUCACUGGCAUGUUUUUGGGAGGCAGGAGGAAACCAGAGAAACCAGAGGAAAACUCCUGAAACUCUGUAACCGGAGCUCAGGAUCAAUUUUUAUUAUUUGUUUUUUUGUUUUGUUUUUUUGAUGGGAAAUCAGAUUAUAACAUGACUGUUAGAUAAAUUGUUUGAUGGAUCAGUUCCACAUGUUCGUGGAUGUAAUGGAGCAAGAAGAAAUCAUCUAAACCAAUAAUUGGGUGAAAUAAUUAUAAGCAAUGAGUAAUGUUUGUGAAAAAUAUACAUUAUUCGAUUUUAUAGGCCAAAACCUUGAAUUCAGUCCAGCAGAGAAACAGAUCCUCAAAAUAUCUAGAUUGCGUAAUCAUUGUCUGGUUUUAGUUUUGCUUUAUGCAGCUGUGGUCUGAUUCACAUUUCGGGUCCUGUGGUACUUCUGCUUGACUGAAUGAGAAGGAAGGAGAUAGUUCUUAAGUGCCAUUUUUAAGCUUGAUGCCCUUUACCAGCUGCAACUACAGAUGGCAAGCGGGAAAAAAUUGUCUCUAUAUUUUUUACUCCUUUUUUUUUUUCAUUCUUAUCAUUUAUCAUGUAUUUCUCAUAUCCUUUUUGUUUUAUACUGCGAAUGUUUUAUAUUAUGGUACUACUGCUUUCCAGAAAAUAUACUUUUGAGAACCCAUUUGCACAGAACUUCCGAUUUACCAAUCUGUGCAUUUUUACUGGACUGCCAGUCUUCAGAGGUCUCACUUUUUUUAUUUUAUUUUAGUUAAGUUACUUUUUUUUUGUUUGUUUAUUUCAAACUCUUGGUAUUUGCCUCAUUUGAUACAGAGAUGCUAUGUGGCACAGCUAUUAUUUUGCACUGAACAAGUCAGAAGCAUUCAUCUCUUCUGUUCGGCAAAGAACAGACAUGUUGAAAAAGUGAAAACGACAUCAAACCUCAGAUGACAGAACUGAAAAGAGUAUUGAAUACAUGUGUGAUCGAAGCUGCAUAGUCUUACGGUUGACCACUAUUUGUGUGGACAGAAAUGUCAGAGUAUAGAUGCAUUUAUGAAAAAGAAAAAAAAAUUAUAUUCCACUUGAUACUUUUUUUUAUGUUUUACUGUAAGCAUCAUUUUUAUUUUUUUGUUGUUUGUUGAAAAGAAAAUAGUAUUUACUUGUUGCUUCUUAAAAAUAUAUAUAAAUCUAAAUAUAUAUAAAUAUAAAGCAGGAAUGUAUAUGAAAUGUCAAUUUACUUGCAAUUUGCAAAGAAAUAGCAGUGAUAUUAUAGAGGGCUAUUUGUAGGAAAGGCAAAUAUGCAUAAUAGUUGCUUUAUAGUAUCAUCUUAGAGAAUUUCCUAUAUUUUUGGAUAUAUGUUAGGGCUUUAUAUGAACGACAGGACUUUUCCAGUGUUUAUAUGCAAAAGCAUUUUAUAUUAUGUGUCCUGUGAAUUGUCAAUAGUCUGCAAAGCUGAGGGUGAUGGCUAAAAUUCCCACAGCUUGUGUUUCCAUGGCUAUUAUGUUAUCUAGAGAAUUCAGUGUAGUGUUGCUUUGUAUCAUUAAAGGCCAAGAUUUUUAUGUUGUUGUAAAUAGAAGGGAAAAAAAACAUGAAUUUGAAAAGGCAAUAAAAAUUUUAUUGAGUACAACAACAACCAACAACUGUUUUGGCCCUAAAUUAUUUCGGUGUUCAGUUACUUGUUUCCUUGACAUUAUAAUCCAUCUCCAUCAUAACUGUCAGCUUGCCGCUUAAACCUCUGAAGAGCUCUAGUGCUUAAUAGCAGUCAGGUAACAAGACACUACACCGCCUGCUCUCUGGUCUGUCCUCUCCUUUCAUUAGCAGCUAUAUCUGACCCUUCACUUGACUGCUACUAACCAUUAGACAUGUUUGCCACAGUUGGGUUCUUUUUUUUUUCUAUGUCAGGAAUUUUCUCUUUUCAUUUCCUCCUUCUUAACAUGUAACCUAUUGGUUCACACUGGCUGCCAUCCUGUCAGUAAAAUCACGCUCUGAUUUUACUGCGUUUGUGUAAAUGAAGACCAACAGUUCUUCCAGUGCUCCCACAUUCAGUCGGCCUUGUCCUAAAUUGUUAAAUCGUUUCAUGCCUCACACAUUACUGAACAGGUGUUGUGUAAGGCAUGAACUCAGUAAAGCUUAGGUAUUGACUCAAUUCAAUCUGGAGCCUAAUUGUGAUGGGUUUAUCAUAUUGUCAUCCUGCCUUCACUAGCUGAAACUAAUCUCCUCUGUAUCUUUUUUCUUUUCCUCCCUCUUUUGUUGCCCUCCUUUUUCCUUUGUUUUUUUCCCCCCUUGUUUCCUUUUCUCUAACCACCCAGCCACCACCGGCAACUAACCCCUGACCUUCUGACUUCUCAACUUCAUCCAAUGAUGACCUGCCCAUUGCCUGCCUGCAGAUCACUUCUCUGCUCUAAAAACACAACAAAUGAGUGAAUAAUAGAAAGAAAGAAAAUGAGCAUUAAACAGCUUUCACUGCACUGGCAGUGGAGAUGCAGCGUCUCUGCACCUGAUCUGUGGACACGCAGCAAAGCCUGGAAGACGCCCUCCGGUUGGAAAGGUCUGUAGGGAGCAGACCGUCCUGCUACUGUAGACCUGCACUGAGUCAUUUGUAAGCAAUAAGCAAUAACAGUUAGCCCACUCGGACCUGAUCCUAACACUUACACCACAUAAUCUACAGCCCCACAACACAUAACACUUGAUGUUCAUGCAAACACAAGAGCCUUCAGUCAAGAGUGAAAAAAGAAAAACAGCCCUUGUUGCUCUGGCCGUCACCCAGGUGUGACGGUGACACAUCUGUCUGAAUGUAUUAUGUGAUGGUGUGGCAUCAGUGCAUGCACCUCUCUGUCCCUGUCCAUUAGCUGUGUGAACUGGUCACGUUACAUCUCUGUGUUCUUCUCUGAAAACUGAUUAAGGGAUCGAAUGGAACUUUGACUCAUGUGAAUUGAGAUUUGGCGCAUUAAUAUAGGCAGUGCAAAGCGAAUGACGAACAUAAAGUGGUGUGUUUAGCAUUUUGCCCAACAAACAAUCGAACACUUUUCAGUGGAUGAGUUUUUCUGAGGAUGUAUAAGCCAUGCUUGCCUACCUGCUGUACAAAUGUAUCAAAUUUGUAGAUAAAUGUUCAAAGACGACAAAAAAAAACAACAACUCAAAGAAUAUAUGUACAGAAAACUUUUAUUAUCCUCCAGUUCAGGGGAAGAGAAAGUAUCUAUUUUUACAAGUGAAUCUUUUCUACAAGUAUUGUAAAGUGAAAAAAAAAACCAGAACACUGAACCCUUUAUGUGAAAACAAUCCCGUUUUCUGUAAUUGGAUGUAGAAACGGACGACCAAACCGACCUUUUCGUUCUGCUGACGGGGGGUUGAAACAGAAACAUUACAAAGUGCCUUAUUGUGGUUCUCAUGGUUUCUUCAGUCUGAAUGUGUCAUCAUCAGUGGCGAAUGAGCAGGCCGGGGCUCAGUGCACACAGCUUUCUCUGAGGACAAGUUGCGCAGUCUUCUCUUCUUUCCCCUUUCCGUUCAACACAAGUCAGUGAUUACUGCAGACGUGUAAUAUUGCACUGGAUGUGAAUCCUAAAUCUGAAUCGUAAUCCUUAAAUCCUCUACUAGGAAAUGUAAAUUACUAUAUGAUCUCUUUGGGUAAUUAGUAUUCUUCGAAAAAGUUGAGAAAAAUUCAUGCCUCCAGCCUCUGACAUCCGGAUUAUGAUUUAAUAUUGUAGCCAAUAUUCCACCUGUGAUCCUUUAAUAACCUUUAAACCUUCUCGGUGGAAUUUAUUGUCUUGUGUUUUUUCAGCCUAACAAUAAAAGAUGAUGCCACUGUGAAACAUUGCAAUAUGAGAGAAUCGCCGCAAAGUUGCACCACCAUCACUGUAUUUUUCACUGGGAGCUGUGUGCACUGCUCAUGCUGGACUGCACCGUGUGUUGCGUGUCUCCCAUCCCCCAAAUCUUUCUUUACUAUGCAACAAAAUGGCCUCUGAUGUCUUGUGGGGGGUCUCUGACUCAUUGAACAUGUCUUCCUGUACCAUCCUCACUUCACUACUGCUUUCAGUUGGAAUUAUGCAGUACCGUGACCGUAUUAUUGUAGUUAUGAAGGCAUUAAAAGUUGAAGUUGAAGCUUGUAUUUUGGAAUAAGAUGAAAGUAGCCUGUAUGUGAAAAAAGCAUUGCUCCUUAGUAGUUGAGAUUAUGAAAAUGAAGUUGAAUUUGAAAAAAUUUUGUGGAAACAGUCUUGACGCUACAAUAACAGGUUAGCUCUAUCUGUGGAAGAGUCACACCAUACUCAAUAUCGCAUGAUAUUUCACCCUAGAUAGCAAUUAAAAGUAUAAAACCGGUUUGUGUUGGUUUCUGAUUAUUUUCCCCCCAGAUUCUUGAUUUUAUUUCUGUGAAUGUUCUUUAAUAUAUGAGUGAAUAAGUGUAUUACACCUGCAGACAUAAGACUGUGUUAGAUUCAUGCUAUGUGUGCCCCUACCCAGGUAUUGCCUAUGAGAAAAAAUGUAUGUCUGUAUCAACAGCCAUUGUUACAAGUUUAUACCUUAUUUUUCUAUCUUAUUUUAUAUGUAUGUAAUAAACUACAUUAAAUGCCUUGUCUCAGUGCUAUGUGUAUAUGCAGAAUCCUUAUCAUCCCAUACCU